GUUCGCGGACUGAAUCGGACUUCCCUCCACUAGCUUGCUGUAUAACGCUCCUCCCUAUGCGUGACGGUAUUAGAGUCAUGUGCGGAUUUGGACCUCUGGGACACCGUAGCGGCUGUCACAACCGGAAGUUUACGUUGGUGAGUCUUGCAGGGUGACAGGCAGCCCAACGCAAGACUGCAUAGGAUACAAGACUACUAGCGCACUUUAAAAAAAAGCAUUUAUUUUAUCGGACAUACCGACAUUUCUGCGCAUUGUAUUAAUGUAACAUUUUAAUAAUGGCCGCAGAGUUUUUAGUGAUGCUGUAUGAGUAUUCUCCUCUCUUUAACAUUACUGUCAUAUCAGUCUGUUUCAUUAUCACUGUAGCUGUUGUGUUGGGCUGGUUUGGAUUUGAUGUCCCGGUCAUUUUACGCAGUUCAGAUGAGACUGAAUCUCUAACAGCUGUCCCUGAGAGGAAGAUGGUGCAGGUGACCAAUCCCUUCGCUUUGGAGAUGGCCUCUACGGCUGGGACAGUAACUGAGGGUGUGAGUUUGCAGCCGUACUGUCUUGAAGACUGCGUCCUCAGCUGUUUCUGGGGCUGUGGGGUCCAGGCUCUCCAGGCGGCCCUUCAGAGUCACCAGCACGGGCUCCGGCUCCGCACACCAGAGCUGUUUCAAGAGGCUCUGGAGUUAAGAUACCUUCACCACCAAAGCUUCAAUAUACAUAAAGAAGAAAAAGGAGAAUACUUCACCCAGAUGCCUCCAGAUCUCGGAGUAAGCGAUUUUGGGUUGCUCCCCCGGGAUCGAUACCCCUUGGUUGCUGUGCUGACGCUGGCCACUCCGGAAACCAGAGACAACUACAAUAUUGUGGCCGGUGUGACAGUCCUCCACGUUCCUGAUGACAAAUACAGACUCUCUGCGAGAAUCUUGUUUCAGUAUCUCCUCACAGCACAAGGGAAUUUGUACGAUCUGAAGCCUCUCUUCAUGGCAGCAGACAACAGCAACUUGUCUGGAACCACAGAGCCUUUGAUCAGCACACAAGGGGCGGAGCCAGAGCCCGAAAGGCCAGGUGCGCAGGGGGAGGGGUCUGACUCAGAAGGGGAGUGGCCUGAUACCCAAGGCAGGGACUGUGUGGUGUGUCAGAAUGCACCAAUAAACAGAGUGCUGUUGCCAUGCAGACAUGCAUGCGUAUGCGACGGCUGCAUGUGCCACUUCCAGCACUGUCCGAUCUGCCGGGCGUUUGUCCUUCAAUCUUUUGCUCUGGCUAACCAACCAGCUCACGAUGAGGAGGACUUAACAGAAGACUAAACCUGUGUAAACCCAGUAUUAAAAGCAAGGCUUUGCUGGAAAGGCAAAAUUCGAAAAGGAAACGUAGCAUCUUCAACAUAAAGAGAUGCAGACAGCUGACCUUUAACCCGAGCAAUGAACUCUUCCAGAAUUGUAAAUUUUAGGCUUUUGAAGUUGAGUGUGCUUGUAAGAUGUUUAAUAUAGAGAUUUUAAGUUGAAUAGAAUAUUUAUUUUUAUUUUCAAUACAUCGGUUAAACUAACAAAUACACAUUUCAGAAGGAGUCAUUAUGGAGUUUUUUUCGCCACCAAAGGAUUUUGAGAGAUACAGUGAUACUGUGGAAACAAUAUGGGAGUUUAUUUUAUUUAUUUCUUUAAUCAUUGACUUUAAUAAUGUGGAAAAGCAGGCCAGGCACACAGAUUUCUAAAGAGCUGUAUCAUCAUACAAGUCUAUACGUGGCCAACAGGUAAAUAUUAUUUUUAUCAAAUUGGGGUAAACAAUGCAUUAACUGAACAGCUGAAGUCACUUGAUGGUAAUAAUGGAAAUGGAACAUCAGAAUGCUUUCAAAUGUUGAAAAAAAAAAAAAAAACUAUUGCAGU